AAUCUUACUAUUAGUAUAUAUCUCUACUAAUCCGCCCGUUCGUGCUCCUCUGUUCGUCAGGAAGAGGCAGAGGAGGGGCGCCGCCGGCGGACCGCGGCAACUCAGGCGAUCGUAGGCGGCGAAUCCGACCUCCAAGUUAACAAUGAUCAACCAUACAGUGUGCAAAAUAACUUCCUCAAAUCAUAUCAGUGGGAAACCAAUCUUUAAGAAAGCGACGCCAAACGUUAAACUGGAAGACCUUCCACAGGAUCUGCUGUGCACCAUAUUAUCAAAGUUGCCUGCGAAAGAGGUUUCAAGAGCUACUGUUUUAUCAAGCAAUUGGAGAUAUAUCUGUGCUAUUUGCUGCUACAAAUUAUGUUUCGCUGGUGCUACCGGGUGUUGCCGUGAUACUUUUGAAAGAAAAGAAUACCUCCAGUACAUGCAGAAGUUCAUCGAUAAUGUCAAUACAGUCGUGCAAAAGUGCCAUGGCAAGUUGCUUGAAGAAUUCCAUGUCAGAUUCGAGUUUGAUGCAAUGCUGGUUGAUCCUCUAAAUAAAUGGGUUAAUUUUGCGGUAUUAUCACGGACAAAGAGCAUAGCUGUCAAUUUACGACCUAUUAACAAGAGACGUACAGAUGUUGAUCGCUACGCAUUUCCUUUUCACCUUUUGGAUAAUGGAAGCAACAUGUCUCAUCUGCAGUGUAUACAGCUUAGCUUUGUAUCUUUGAGACCACCAUCUGAAUUCAGAGGUUUCCCUAUCCUGAGAAAGCUUGAUUUGGAGUUUGUGGAUAUCGCUAUAAAGGACCUUCAAGUUAUAUUGUCCAAUUGCUAUAAUCUUGGAUGGCUGAGCUUAGUCAGAUGCUUCCUGAAUGGCGAACUAAAGUUGGAUCGUCCGUUGUCCCACCUUCGACACCUAACAGUUGUAUACUGUAGGGUGACCAGGAUAGAAUUUCAUGUUACGAAGCUCGUUACCUUUGUAUACGAUGGACCCAUUGUUCCUAUUUUCAUUAAUCAAGAUUCUAAGCUUGAAAAUGCAUAUAUAUGUUUUGACAAGACAAAUUUUCAAGAUGGUGCCAGUUCACUCCUCAAUGGUAUUCCGAGCGUUCAAAAUCUGACACUAAAAAUUUUCGACCAGCGCUUAGAGAAGGAAUCACUGUUGAAUAGCCCAGGCAAGUUAUCCCGUCUUAGGUGCUUACAGUUGGUAAUGGGAUUAGGAGUUCAAAAUAUCGACAAACUUUCUCGUGUAGUUUCCAUUCUGAGGGCAGCUCCGCUUAUCGAGAAGUUGGAGAUCAAUUUUUUUCCCACUACUCACAUCUGUUUUGCGGACAAGGAUGCUUUGGGCAAGCAGCACCUUCAGCUGUGUGAAUAUAAUUAUCUGAAGAAUAUGCAUAUGACAGCAUAUAAAGGGACAACAGGUCAACUUGAAUUUCUUCUGCAUGUUGUGGAAAAUGCCCCUGCGCUGGAGGAAUUAAUUGUGGACACUGCUUUACGGGAUUAUGAAGAGCAAUACGCAGGCCUAUAUUGCAGAAAGAAAGCAUGCGCAGAGCGCGCUGUGCAGCAUGCUAGAUCUUGUCUCGGUGGAAAACUUUCAGCAAAGGUGAAACUUUGUGUUAUGUAGGUAGGGCUGCUUUAGUCAGCAAGUUUGUGCGAUUGUCCAAGGGCUGUUGUGCCUGUUUCUGUUGAAAAAUUGCGCCAUCUCUAUGUGAGGCUGUGAGAAGUAUUUGUGAAUGAAACAAGUAAUAUGGGUAUGGUAGCUAGCUUGGCUAGAUAAAGAAAGAAGUUAGUUUCCACCUGCGCAGAUUUGAAGCAGCCUAGGUGACACGUUCUAUUUCAGCCUGUUUGGCAAUUUCAGAGUA